GAAGAGAAAGUAAUACCCAUGCUAGAACAGUUCAAUCCUGUUUUUCAUCCAUAUAUACUGGAUGUUGUCGAUGUUGUGGCGGACGGUCAUUGUGGAUAUAGAUGCAUUGCUGCAUUGUUGGGUAUGGGUGAGGAGUCGUGGCCUCUAAUCAGACAUGAUCUAUACAAAGAACUUAGCCAAUGGCGAGAUGAAUAUGCAACGUUAGUUGGAGGCUAUGAUCGUCUAGAAGAACUGAGAAAGUCUUUGCUAGUUCAAUCACCAUCAGGGGCUAAUCGAGACAAGUGGAUGACUAUACCAGACAUGGGGUAUGCGAUUGCUAAUCGGUAUAAUGUAAUCCUCGUGUGCUUGUCAUCAGUUCAGAAUUUGACUAUAUUCCCACUUCGUACAUCCCCACCUACUUCGCAAAGUCAACAUCGACUAAUUUGUAUCGGACAUGUUUACAAUUCUCAUUUUGUUCAGGUUCGUCUACAAGAAGGCUGUCCAUUACCGACAGUGGAUAUCAUAUCAUCUAGCAAUUGUUACCCAAAGGCAAAAGGGUGGGCAUCAUUUUAUAGAGAUAGGAUGCAAGCAUUCCUAGAUUUACACAUAGUGGAUCGUAGUUAUGUAGAUCUCAUGGAAGACUGAUAUUUGUUGAUUGUAUUUAAGUAUUUCACUGUUGUAGUUUGUAAUUAUUUUACCAAUAUAUAAAAUUCUAACUCCUUUGGCCAAGGGACGGAUAUAUUUUGGCCUCA